AUGCGGACUCCUCCUCCUUUCAGAGGAGUGAGGGAGACACGCCUGUCCUGCCCGCUGAAAGCACUCGCACUCCGGAAGGAGAUAGCGAGCUUGCUGACCAAAGGGACGGUGAUCCCGGUCCCCAGAGAUCAGGAGAACUCGGGUCUCUACUUCCCUUAUUUUUGGGUUCCCAAGAAAAACGGGGGGAUGAGACCGAUUCUGGACCUGAGGGUGCUCAAUGAGAGUGUGGCCAAACGGCCCUUUCGCAUGCUGACGAUAAAGCGUUUGCUGACUUGUGUACAGCGGAACGACUUUGGGAUCAGCAUAGAUCUGAAGGACGCGUAUUUCCAUGUGCCUAUCAAAAGGAAGCACAGGAGAUUUCUGCGUUUUGCCUUCGAGGGGAAGAAGUACGAGUACACGCGCCUGCCGUUUGGGUACGCGCUGGCUCCUCACUCGAGCGUCGAAGCAGCUCUAGAACCGUUACGGCGGAGAGGUAUACGCAUUCUGGCGUACCUCGACGACCUGUUAGUUCUGGCUCAGUCUCGGGACAGAGCUAUCCAGGACGCGACCUCACUGGUGAGUCAGCUCAGCCAGUUGGGGUUUGCUGUCAAUUGGGAGAAGAGGUAUCCAUUUGGACACUGUUGGGAUGAGAGCCAGACUGUCGGUACCACGGAGAGAGGCUAUUUCCAUAGCUCUCCGUGCGUUCCGGGUCUCACGUACAAUCACCGCACUGUCGGUGAUGUCCCUGUUGGGGUUGAUGGCGGCGGCUCAUGUAGUAGUGCCCUUAGGCCUGUUAUACAUGCGCAAGCUGCAGAGAUGGUUCGCUCAGCUGUGGUUGGAUCCGGUGCGACACCGCCGCAGACUGCUAGUGAUACCGAGAUCAGUCAAAGCCGAUCUGAACCAUUGGAGAGACCCGCGUGUCAAGACACAGUCGACAUGGGCAGAGUGACAUCUCUCUACCCGGUCUUUACGGACGCGUCCUUGACCAGGUGGGGUGGAGUAUGUCAGACGGGCUCGAUAGGAGGGAGAUGGGAACCGUCAGAGACGCGUCACAUCAACCUCCUGGAGCUCGAAGCGGUUCGAUUGACUGUCAGAUCCGACAACAGAGCAACGGUGGCUUACAUCAACAGACAGGGAGGGGUGCGCUCUACAUCACUUCAUCGCUUAGCGGAGGAAGUGUGGACUUGGGCUUUCAAGCACCUACGCUCCCUGAGAGCUCAGCACAUUCCAGGUCUGCUCAACGAGGGAGCGGACCUGAUGUCAAGGGGCGGCCCGAGAGAGGACGAGUGGAGGUUGAAACCUUCCAUUGUUUCUCUGAUCUGGGCACGCUUCGGCCGAGCACAGGUGGAUCUGUUUGCGUCACGAGCCAACACACAGUGUCAUCUAUGGUUCUCGCUGCACGCACAAGACAUACCUCCGCUGGGAGUCGAUGCGUUCGCGCACCGUUCCUGGCCGAGAGGUCUACUGUACGCAUUUCCACCUCUGGCCUCCAUCCUCCCCUUUCUGGCUCGGGUGAGGUCGGAGGGGCUGUCGGUCAUUCUGAUAGCCCCCGAUCGCCCCGGAGCCCCGUGGUUCCCGGAACUGAUGGGGAUGCUGGUAGGCGGGCCUUGGCCCAUACCUCACCAGAUGGAUGCGCUCUCUCAGGCCGGAGGCCUGGUGAAGAGCCCUCCAGUGAUCGGAGGCCCACUUAUGGCCUGGCUACUGAGAGGGAGCUCUUAGAGCGAAGAGGUCUGUCUGAUGCCGUCAUUCAGGCCAUUCAGAGUGCGCACGCACAAUCUACUGCUAGAGGGUACGCGUCGCG